UCCAUGCCCAUGCAUCAUUUAUUGGCUGAGGACUUCAAUAUCAAAAUGCCAGAGAUGCUUGGCCUUGUUCGAAUUUGGAAAAAAGGAUUGUUCCUCUCAUAAUUGAAGUGUUAAAAAUGCAAAAGACCUGGCCCACAUCUUUCUUCUCAAUUUGAUUUGUUUAUCAUCCCUCAAAUUUAGACACUCUAUAUAUACUCUUCUUGAGUAGUCUAUUGAGCCAAACAAAGAUAUGAGGAUCUUCACAAAGCUCUCUGCACCACUCUCACUCUGCCUCCUUCUUGUCUUCCUCUGUCUUAAAACUGCCAUCUCAUCCUCUAUACAUGCUUCUUCCUUCUCAACAACGCAUCUCUGUUCUCAUGAGGAGGCUCUUGCUUUGCUGCAAUUCAAGACAUCCUUCUCCAUCAAUUACACUGUUCCGCAUCCAGAUUAUCCAGAUUAUUGUGUGGAUAGGUUUUAUACUAAACCUAAUUAUUCUAAGAUUGAGUCAUGGAAGGAAGGUAUAGACUGUUGUUCCUGGGAUGGGGUUAGCUGUGAUAAUGUCACAGGCCAUGUAAUUGCCGUUAAUCUCAGCUGCAGUUUCCUUUAUGGCACCUUUCCUUCCAACAGCACUCUUUUCUCCCUCAGAAACCUGCAGAGCCUCAAUCUUGCCUUGAAUGAUUUUAGGCUUUCCAAGAUUCCACCAGAAAUCAGUCAGUUUACUAGACUAAAGCAUCUUGAUGUCUCUUCUUCUCAAUUUUCGGGCCAAGUUCCGAGAGAAAUUGCUCACCUCCCCAAGUUAGUUUCUCUCAAUCUCUCUAGUUACUUCUAUGAUGAUUCUCCUGAAUUGAUCCUUGAAACAACUACCUUCAGAGAUCUUGUUCACAACUUGAGUGAGGUGAGAGAACUUGUGCUUCGUGGAGUGAACAUGACAUCUGUUAAUCCUCGUUUCUUCAUGAAUCUCUCUUCUUCAUUGACUACUCUUGUUCUUUGGGAGAGUGCGUUAAGAGGAAACUUUCCAAACAGUAUUUUCCGCUUUCCAAAUCUCAAAAAUUUUUAUUUAAGUGGAUCUUUUGGAGAGCGAAACCUCACUAUUGAUCUUCCAAGUUCCAAUUGGAGCAGUCCUCUCCAACGAUUGUUUUUAGGUGAUAUGGAUUGCGGAAGGCGAUUGCGAGAGUCUAUAGGAGAUCUGAAGUCAUUACAGUUUCUGUAUCUUGGCUGCAACUUGGAAGGUUCCAUUCCAGCUUCCAUAGGGAACUUAUCUCAACUUACUUACCUAAGCAUCUUUUCUAACAAUCUUAGCGGACAAAUCCCACCAUCACUUGCAAACCUCACCCAACUUACCUCUCUUGACCUUUCCUAUAAUCAAUUUUCUGGUCCCAUUCCAGCUUCCAUAGGUAACUUAAGGCAACUUACUUUCCUAGCCCUUUCUUCUUGCAAUCUUAGCGGACAAAUCCCACCAUCACUUGGAAACCUCACCCAACUUACCCAUCUUUACCUUUCCUAUAAUCAGUUUUCUAGUCCCAUUCCAGCUUCCAUAGGUAACUUAAGGCAACUUACUGAACUAUCCCUCUAUUUUAACAGUCUUAGCGGACAAAUCCCACCAUCACUUGGAAACCUCACCCAACUUACCUAUCUUUCCCUUGCCCAUAAUCAGUUUUCUAGUCCCAUUCCAGCUUCCAUAGGUAACUUAAGGCAACUUACUAGUCUACACCUCUAUUAUAACAAUCUUAGCGGACAAAUCCCACCAUCACUUGCAAACCUCACACAACUUACCUUUCUUUACCUUUCUGAUAAUCAGUUUUCCGGCAUGUUGCCACCUUGGAUUUUCACCCUACCUUUGUUAGAGGCCUUGCAUCUCGAUCAUAACCAAUUUCAAGGUCAAAUAAGUCAAUUCCAGCAAAACUCACUCACAAACCUAGAUUUGUCAAACAAUAAACUCCAGGGCUCAAUUCCUAACUCAAUUGCUAAUUUAGUAAAUCUCGAAAUUCUUGACCUUUCUCAUAACAACUUAAUCGGGAAGAUUCCAAAUUGUCUUCCUAAGUCUCUCUCACUGUUGAAUUUGCAGGCCAAUUACUUUGAUGGAAAUAUACCAUUUGGGUUUCCAGAGGGCUGUGGAUUACUAAAUCUCAACUUACAUGGCAAUCAAAUGGACGGGCUAUUACCAAGGUCUUUGGUGAAUUGUCGCAUGUUAGAGGUUCUAGACGUUGGCAACAACAACAUAAGUGAUACAUUCCCUUAUUGGUUGGAAUCUCUACCACACCUUCAAGUGCUUGUCUUAAGGUCCAACAAGUUCCAUGGUUCCGUGCAGAGCACCAAAGAAAGUCCAUCUUUUCCCAAGUUACGAGUUCUGGACCUCUCCAGCAAUGAUUUUGUUGGUGCUUUGCCUGUUCGGUACAUUGAAAAUUUUAAUGCGAUGAUGGACCCUCAUAGAGACGGUGGUUCCCCUGAAUACAUGAAGGUGUCGACGGGAGACAAUUCUUAUCAAUAUUCACUGGUUGUGACAUUGAAGGGAUUCGACUAUGAGCUGCAGGGAAUCUUGACCAUAUUCAGUAGUAUUCAUCUCUCAAAUAACAAGUUUGAGGGAGAAAUUCCAGAUGUUAUGGGAAAGCUUAGUUCUCUCAAAGGGCUUAAUCUUUCUCAUAACAACCUUAUUGGUCAUAUUCCACCGUCACUAAGGAAUUUGACAAAUCUGGAAUGGUUGGAUCUCUCUUCCAACGAGCUGGCGGGGAAAAUUCCUGAUGAAUUGUCACUUCCCAUGUCGUAUAGUCUCCAAUUGUUUCAAUCCGUCCAUUUUUGGUGGAAUUUACACUUUGAGAUUGUGAAUACUUGGCAUUGUUGGUACAAGAGCUCUUCUGAGAUCGUUAAGUGAAAAAACGAUGAUCUGGGUGUUGACCAAGGUGAGGUUUUAGGCCUGGAUUUGGAGUCUCUGAAGAUUUUGCUGAAGUGGGGGGUCUUUCUGGGGGGCAAUGUUUUGUGGUUUUUUGGUUUUCUGGUGCAAGAGGGUGCUUGCGGUGAAGUGGUGAAUGCAAGGUACGGAGUGAUUGAGCAGUGGGCAUUGUUGUUGAGGAAUGCGUGGACUAAGGUUUCUACGGCUUCAAGAUAAUUGUGAAAUUAGUAAUUCUUCAGUGGAUUUUCAUCCAUACUGAUUUUCAUCCAUAUUCAUUCAUCUAUGCUCCUACUGCUACAUAUUACCAUACUUUCUUUUAUCUAUGCUUCCUUACAAAUUAUAAAUGACUUCUAUUUUGCUUGCAUUGAUCCUUUUGUUACUCUAAUGUUUUGGAUGAUUAUGAAAUUAUUUCUCAUAGGUGAUUAGAAUUCAAUGUUUUGGUACGUCUAGUAGGAAGGGAUGUUUAUUUCUCAGAAAUAUUAAUCGACUGGAGUUUGGUGAAUGUUGACAUUUUAAAAGAUGAGAGAAAACAAAGCAAUAAAAAAACCUGGUGAUG